AUGCAACCCAAGCGCAAGUCUGACGUCCUCGAAGCCGACGCGCCCGCCAGCGCGGUGCCCCUGAAAGAGAACGCCGUCGCGAAGAAAGCGCGCGUGUCCGACGCACCGGAGGGAUCCAGUUCGAAGGGACAGAAGGCUAAGGAGCCCGCCCAGACUAAGAACUGGCGUGAGAUCGUGCUUGAGGGCGAAGAUGAGGAUGGUGUGCCAGUCUACGAUGACUGCAACGAGAUUAGGCGGAGGAUUCGCUUGUUGCAAAAGCAGCCGGACUUCAAGGACAUUGGAGGCAUCAACAACAACUCCUUUCAACGCUUUAUGAAAGCAAGCGGACCUACCGGAGGCGCCGGUAACGGCACCUAUUACGCCGCGUAUGUUUAUUUUGAGAAAGUGAGAAUAGCGGAGGGCAAGAAGACGACUGCGAAGCGCCAACGAAACGAGAUGGAGAACCCUGGGGGGUUCCCUCUGCAGGAUCGCAAGGCGAUGUGGGUGAUAGGGCCGACCUGA